AUGCAUGGGACUCAAAAGCGUAUUUGGAUUAUCUUAGAAAUUGUAACCACUCACGGACUAAUCUUUCUUUAUUUUCCAGUCUAUCUAUUUGUGUUUUUGGGAGUGGAAGCUGCUUUUAGAGCAAAGUUAAGAGCUUUAGAACCAGCAAUGGGUCCAAAUGAUACUUGUAGUGAGAAUGACAACAAGUUCGACUGUAGCGACGAUGAGGUUUAUAUGUACGAUCAUUAUCCUCCUCCUCUUUGUCUGGAUUCAACAAAUUUCGAUCAAGAUACCGUGAGCAACUCUGCUAAUGCAUAUUCAACUGGUUCUACCAGCUCUAACACAGUUAACCGUUUUGUGGCAAUGGGAUUUUCAGAGAAGACUGUGAUCAAAGCAAUUCAGGAAAAUGGAGAAGAUAAUGAAGCGUCAAUAUUGGAUUCUCUACUUACAUACUCCGUGACUGUAAAUUGUUGUGAUUUUCAGGCUCUUGAGAAGUCCCCUCAACAAUGCCAAAUCAUCGCUGAAACAAGCUCUUCUGCUUCUGAAAGCAAUAUUGGCUGCAUUGACCUCUCUAAUGUCAAUAGCUCUCCUGCAGCUGCUCCUUACAAAAAAUAUAUAAAUAAAUCGUUAGAGGAGGAGGAGAAACUGUGGGUUCUGGUGGAUAUGGGUUAUACAGCCGAGGAGGCUAUCACAGCGAUAGAUAAGUGUGGUCCAGAUGCCCAAAUAGCUGAACUAACAGAUUUCAUAUGUGCUGCUGAACUAGAAAAGGAAUCGGAUGUCGACAUUAUAGAAUUAACUGAUGAGGAGCCUGAAAACCUUGAUUUUCUCAGUAAUAAGAAGAGGAAGUUUUACGAAGAUGAAAACCAGGGAAGCAGCAGUCUCUUAAGAAGUCCGAAGAAGCAAAGGUUAAUCAUUCCUCAGCCAAUGAUAGGAUUUGGUGUUCCUGAUGAACCAUGGCCUACAGUUGAGAGAAAGGUGCCAGAGGCAGCUGCAGGACUUCCUUAUUUUUAUUAUGAAAACGUGGCUAUUACUCCAAAGGGAGUUUGGAAUACAAUAUCUCGAUUUUUGUACGACAUUGAACCAGAAUUUGUUGAUUCUAUCUACUUUUGUGCUUGUGCAAGGAAAAGAGGUUACAUUCAUAACCUCCCUAUAAACAACCGCUUUCCUCUAUUGCCAAGACCACCACGCACUAUACAGGAAACUCUUCCAUGGACUCAAAAAUGGUGGCCUUCUUGGGAUAAAAGAACAAAAUUUAAUUGCAUUCAUAGCAGCCAUGCGAGUGCCAAACUCACAGAGAAGAUAAGGCUAGCUCUUGAGGAGUUCGAUGGUGAACCGGAACCUCCUCCACAUGUACAAAAGUACGUGCUUGGAGAAUGCCGGAAAUGGAAUUUGGUUUGGGUUGGAAAAAACAAGGUUGCACCUAUUGAACCUACUGAAAUGGAGAUGUUAAUGGGAUUUCCAGAGAACCAUACAAGGGGUGGUGGCGUAUGUACUGGAGAUAGAUACACAGCUCUGGGCAACUCCUUUCAGGUUGACACAGUUGCCUACCACCUUUCUGUCUUGAAAGAACAGUUUCCAAGUGGGGCUAAUGUUCUUUCUCUUUUUUCUGGCAUCGGUGGAGCUGAGGUGGCAUUGCAUCGACUUGGGAUUCCUUUGAAGAAUGUGGUGUCAGUGGAGAUUUCUGAGGUGAACAGAAAUAUUGUACGGAGCUGGUGGAAGGAUACAAACCAGUGUGGAAGUCUAAUUGAACUAGCAGAUGUACAAGAAGUCACCGGAGACAAGUUGGAGCAUUAUAUUAGGUCAUUUGGAGGACUUGAUCUUGUGAUUGGUGGCAGUCCAUGCAAUAAUCUCAGUGGCUGCAACAGAGUGAGCAGAGUUGGUCUUGAAGGUGAGCAUUCAUCUCUAUUCUACGAGUAUUUUCGCAUCCUUGACCUUGUUAAAUAUAUAAUGGGAAAUGUUUGA